AUGACUUCGGAAGCCAAGAAAAAGGCUUCGACGGAGGACAGGAAACGGCGAUCCGACACGAACCCGCCAAAGACGCUAAGAGAGCGUUUCCUGCACUCCCUCCCCUAUUACACGGGGCCCUACGGCGUGGGAUUCCUCGAGAUUGAAGCACCGGUCCGUCAACCGCGCACCUUUUCGGAGCUCAGGCGCGACAACGUCCCGCUUCUGAGGCUUGACACCGUCCUCUUCGCCGUCUACUACCCGUGCACCGUGAAGACCCAGACAGACGAUCACGCCGCUCCCGAUCACCAUCAGCAUCACGGCAAGAAGAAUGGGGAAAAGGCACGCCGCGGCGGCGCCAAGAAGCCGAAGCUCUCCCGGGUCGGAUGGCUUCCGCGUCCGCGAGUCCUCACUUGUAAGGGCUACGCCAAGGAAUUCAGCAUCCCGCAUCUCCCGGUCACGGCCUACAUCGCCGCCACCUCCAUGUUCACCAAACUUCCCGCGCUGAGGAACGCGAAGCUGGCGGAGCAUUGGCCAGAAGAGAUGCUGGGCGACGAAGGCCCGACGGGUCAGACGGCGAGGAACGAGGAGUCGAGCUCGCGCAAGAAGCCAAAAUUUCCAGUCAUCAUCUUCAGCCACGGCCUAGGCGGCUCGAGAAUGAGCUACAGCUCCAUCUGCGGAGAAUUGGCGAGCUACGGCUUCAUUGUUGUGGCCGUCGAGCACAGGGAUGGCAGCGGUGCGAGGACUUAUGUUAACCUCCCGGAACAUCGAGAGGCGUCCGACAGCGAAUCUUCCCUGGAGACGGUCAACGCCAAGAAGAUCAAGAACAAGAAGAAUGGGAAAGAAUCCGGACAGCACUACUGCGUCGACUAUCUUUUCCCCAAGAACAACGAGCAGGACACGGCGCCGAACAACGAACAGGGCGUUGACAUGCAACUACGCGCUGCGCAGAUAGAAAUGAGAAUGACGGAAAUCGAGGAGGCCUUCCGCAUCAUCGGAUAUAUCGACAGUGGCCGCGGGCACGAAGUUGAAGCCAUGAACCUAAGAAGGAAAGGCAACGUGGCGUCCAGCUCCAAGGGACUCACAGGCAUCGUAUGGGAGGACUGGCAAGACAGGAUGUUCCUCGAAAACGUGACGAUAAUGGGACACUCGUUUGGCGGAGCAACGACGGUCGAAGCUUUGAGGACCGAAUCGCUUAGCUGGGUUGGUCAAGGCAUCAUUCUCGACGCCUGGGGCCCGGCGACGCCUCGAGCGGGAGAGAACCCCAGUCACCGCGUCAAGAAGCCGCUUCUUUCGAUCGGGUCGGAGGCCUUUAUGCACUGGCAAGAAAACUUUAACAGACUUGUCGACGUCUGCAACGAGGCGAGGGACGAGAACGCACUAACCUGGAUGAUGACGAUCCGGGGGUCAACUCAUCUUUCCCAGACAGACUUUGCAGUACUGUACUCGACUUGGACAGACUUGUUCAUGAAGACGUUGGUAAACCCUCUGAGAGCCAUCUACCUGACGAUAUCACCGUCGCUCGAGUUUUUGAAGAUCACACUGCCUCCGGAGCAGACCAAGUACAACACCUGGGUUGAUGAGGAAAUCUUGAAAACAACAGAGCCACCAACAGAACCACUCGCCGUGGUGACGCACGAUCACCGACCGGACGACCAAUGGAUCGCAAUCCGCCUCAAGGUGGAAAACGAAGCGACUCUGCGGUUGAAGAGGUGGUUUCGGCACAAGAAUCGGGUCUUGCUGGGGAAAGGCGAUGGAUCGGGCAUGCCCUCGGGGCUGAUCAACUGGGAGAAGGGCAAUGAGGUUUGGAUGCACGUGAGCCCGGACCCUGAGUCCGUGGAGGAGCAAAUGCAACGGAACGAGCGGACGACGAGCCGGAAUGCAGCGUAG